GACACACAGUGGGACACAGACACGAACAUGCAGUCCGGAGAUCUCCUUCUCUUCUCAUCAAUUUCUGACGUAUUUUGCAUUCCUAUGCACACCCUCAGGCUGCCACACAGCCCCAUCCCGCUCCAUGAUAGCUCUGAAGUAUGGCACCUACUGAAGUCCCACCUACUCUUGCACACCCACGCUCACACACAGCAGGAAGCCAGAGGAGCAGAGUACAAGCACCUCAUGACUGCCUGCAGGUGUCCUUGCCCACCGUUCCUGGGCAGCCAACAGCCUUUGGGACAUUUCAGACUCCUGCUCACUCCCUUGCCCACCCACAGAGAGAUGUAUCUCUUCCUCUCCACCUCUCCUCUUUCCACACUUCUGUGUCUGUGCUGUCACCAGGGGCAGGUGGCUGGAAGGAGGGGGCCUUUCUCUAUGGAUUUCCACCGGUUUCUUGUGGCCAUGUUGCUCCCUGUGGGCUGGGCCCUUCAGCAAUCACCAGAUACAGUUGUCCGUGUGGGAGACACUGUGACUCUGGAAUGUUCUGCAUCAGGGAAGACUUUUGUAAACAUGUACUGGUACAAGCUACCCACGGAGAAGAAUGCCAGUCUGCAGUUGGUUGUAUAUUCAGUGGAAGGUGGCAAAGCAGAUAUUGAGAAGGAAUUCAAAAAUCGCUUCCAGAGUAAUGGGACUAAGAACAACCAUUUAUCUGUGAAGAUAGAGCAUGCCCUACUCAAUGACUCAGGCACAUAUUUCUGUGCUGAACGAGAUCCACAGCCAGUCUGUGAACCUGGAAUGUUCCAAGAAGAAAUCCUCCAACACAGAGCUAUGUACUGGUUCAUUCUGCCUUCAGAGAAGAAUUCCAGUUUGACCCAGAUGGUCUAUGCUUAUGAAGGUGUUAAUGCAGUAGUGGAGAAGGGUUUUGAGAGCCAUUUCAAGAGCAGCAAUAUACAAGGAGACAGUAUCACCCUCUCAAUAGAACAUGCCUUUCUCAAUGACUCUGGCACAUACUACUGUGCUGAGGGUGAGCACAGUGGAGACAAUGAGCUCCUGGAGAAUGUCUAG